GAAGUUACUGAACCGUACUAUCCAAACUCCAACACACUACAUGGAUAAAGCUCUCGCUCUCAGUGACGAUAAUCAGAAGACGCCAGUGAAGGAAGCGUUAGCGUGUUAAGUAGAUUUCGCUGAAUGAAGUGAAGUGGAAGUGGAGAUUACGUGCACACUCAAUGUUCUGUUUGUUCGUUAUGGCUCGAAGAGUUGGUUUUGUUUAGCACUUGGCAUUUUUUGCGUUUACGAUGACGUUGGUCGGACUUUUCGUUGCCGCCACGAAGCUCGCCGGAGCUCUGGUGACUCUCACCGUAGCCGCCAACGCCUUUUCAUUCUCUCGUUUCCGCAACAAAAACCUUCGCCCUUUCCGUUCUCCCAUUGACGAGUCCUCUCCCACUGUCGCACUCUUCAACGUCACAGAAGGAGAAGAUGGGUUUUUCUUUGGUUUGGCGACAGCGCCAGCACAUGUUGAGGAUAGGCUUGACGAUGCUUGGAUUCAAUUUGCUGAACAGAAGAGUGGUGAAGGUGAUGGUGAAGAGGGGAAGCAGAGGGUGGAUGCUGUGAUGGGUUCUGCUGGUGGCGACGGUGGGUCCCACCAGGGUGCGUCAUCACAAGUUAACAAGGGGAAGAAGCCUCUUAAGGUUGCGAUGGAGGCCAUGAUUAGAGGCUUUGAGAAGUACAUGGAAGUAGAAGGCCAAGAAGGAGAAGAAGAAACCCGUCCUAAUGUAACUGCGUGGCAUAAUGUUCCUUACCCGGAGGAGAGGUUAAGGUUUUGGUCUGAACCUGAUACAGAACUAAAAUUGGCCAAGGAUACUGGUGUUACUGUUUUCCGAAUGGGAAUAGAUUGGUCAAGAAUCAUGCCAGUGGAGCCAGUCAACAACCUUAAAGAAUCUGUUAACUAUGCUGCGUUGGAGCGUUAUAAGUGGCUCAUCAAUAGGGUUCGAUCAAAUGGAAUGAAGGUGAUGCUCACUCUUUUUCAUCACUCACUACCACCCUGGGCUGGUGAGUAUGGAGGUUGGAAGCUGGAAAAGACAGUGGAUUAUUUCAUGGACUUUACCAGGCUUGUUGUAAACAGUGUAUCAGAUUUAGUAGACUAUUGGGUAACUUUUAAUGAGCCCCAUGUAUUCUGCAUGCUAACUUAUUGUGCUGGAGCUUGGCCUGGUGGUCACCCUGAUAUGCUUGAGGCUGCUACUUCUGCACUUCCAACUGGUGUUUUCCAGCAGGCCAUGCAUUGGAUGUCUGUUGCACACUCAAAGGCAUAUGACUACAUCCAUGAACUAAGUAACUCAUUAAAUCCAAUAGUCGGUGUAGCACAUCAUGUGUCAUUUAUGCGACCCUAUGGUCUGUUUGAUAUUGCUGCUGUUUCCCUGGCUAAUUCAUUGACUCUCUUCCCAUACAUUGAUGGAAUAUCUGACAAGCUGGACUUUAUAGGCAUAAACUACUACGGACAGGAAGUGGUUUCGGGUGCAGGCCUGAAGCUGGUGGAAAACGAUGAGUACAGUGAAUCUGGUCGUGGGGUAUAUCCCGAUGGCUUAUACCGCAUGUUGCUUCAGUUCCAUGAAAGAUAUAAACAUCUAAACAUCCCCUUCAUCAUUACUGAAAACGGGGUUUCAGAUGAGACAGAUUUGAUCCGCCGUCCAUAUCUCUUGGAGCAUGUGCUUGCUGUUUAUGCUGCCAUGACCAUGGGUGUGCCUGUGCUUGGUUAUCUGUUCUGGACUAUUUCUGAUAAUUGGGAGUGGGCUGAUGGAUAUGGUCCCAAGUUUGGGCUUGUUGCAGUUGACCGGGCAAAUAAUCUUGCACGGAUCCCUCGCCCUUCAUACCAUCUAUUUUCUAAAAUUGUGACAAGUGGUAAAGUUACUCGUGAAGAUCGUGACAGAGCAUGGGAUGAACUCCAAAGAGCUGCCAAAGAGAAGAAAACAAGGCCAUUUUAUCGUGCUGUAGAUAAACGUCGUUUAAUGUAUGCAGGUGGACUUGAUGAACCUAUACAGCGACCUUAUAUUGAACGAGAUUGGCGGUUUGGUCAUUAUCAGAUGGAUGGACCCCAAGAUCCUUUGAGCCGCUUCUCAAGAUUCAUUAUUCGACCAUUCUCCUUUAGAAGGACAACGAAACCACAAAAGAAGAAUGCCAAAUUAAUUCUUCAGCCUCUUGAAACUUAGCAAUUGAUAACUUGAAAUUUUCAAUUUCAACAAGAAGAUAUAUUAUUAAUGUCUCACUGGAAGUAUUAUGAUACCUUCUCGUUGUAAAGCUUAUUUAUCUCGUUUUUACCAAAAUUUCAACGUGUUAAGAUUAUCACUCCCUGUUAGUAGAAUUCCAUGCAUUGCACCCUGCACAUGCACAUAGAAUGCAAGUCGUUGAUUUGUUUUUCGC